AUGUGAUCUACAUUUGACAGCGGAGCAUGCCGGGAGCGUUCCUGUUAUCGCGAUAAUUGGUGGGGACCGGUGACACUUCCGUGUUGUUGUGGUAACAGCUGGCAGUGACAGAGGAGAGGGCAUCGGGCUUCAUGGUGCCCCGGGUGUCGCGUUGGUUCCGGAUUUGCUCGCGUUGGUUCCGGAUCUGCUCGUGGCAUGUGUGGCGGUGAUGCCGGACGUAUGAACCAUCUUGGAGACUGUUGCUUUUCUUUCCUGCAAUGACCCUCAGUCUGUGCCACAUGACUUGGUGAUUUAAUCCCCCCCCCACAGCUAUUCCUCCGUACCUUCCUUUCUUAAGACGUCCUCGCCGCACUGACUCCCAGAUGUGGUUACAACAGAGGCUCAAAGGUUUCCCGGGACUGCUGUCCAGCAGCUGGGCUCGCCGCAUCCUAGCCGCCUUGGGAUUUCUUCUGAUAAUCUACUGGUAUAUGUCCACUGGAUCCAUGUUCAGGUCCUUGUGGUUUUCAGGCCAGACCCGCAGUGGACCUGGGGGGUGUCUACAGACCCAGACCAAGCAAUGGAAGGCCGUGUCAGACAAGGGGGACUUGUUGAUAAUCUCUUACCCAGGAGAGGAAUCCAAAUUGCAGGGCCCGGCCAUGGUCGGGAAUGGAUUUAUGCUUGUGGACGUUCACAAGAAUAACUUAUGGGUGUCUUCUGCCACCGUACCGUUCCGUAUAACGGACUACUCUCCGGUGACGUACGUGAAGAGCUCGGGGGCAGUUGCAGAAAUCCAAGCCACGGCCAUCUUCUAUAGAGAAGGGUUAAUAAGGACAAUUCGGUGCUUUCAGAUGGACCAGAAGGACUCUCACCGCGACUGCGUCUCGGUCCGUGAGGACUACUUUGCGCACAGGAGCCGACCUCACCUAUACGUUCAGAGGAUCCAUGUCUCCAACCCCAGCGACAAGGUGGUGGCUUUCGACAUCUCCUCCCAGAAGCAGCUCACCGGGGCUCAGUUUUCCUCCAGCGUUGAGAAGGUUCAGGACAGGCAGUUCCUUCUCUCCUCCGGACGGGUGGCCUUGGAAGACGGGAAGAGUAUUCUGGUCGUGAUCGCCACGAAAAAGCUGGUGAAUCGGGUGCAGGUCAGCCCUAAGUCUGAAUUGGAUGAAACCGUUCUCUCUGUCGUCUAUACGUCUGAUCCCAUCGACUCGGGAAAGCUGGAGGAGACCUUCAGUAGACUGCGAGAGUCUGCAAAGAAGGAGAUGCUGGAGGUGAUGCACAUGAGGGCCGAUGACCUCUACAACGAGCAUCAACAGAUCUGGUCAGACCUAUUUGUUUCAGGCAUUGAAAUGAGAAAGAUCAAGGAUGCCCAUACUCCCUCCAGCGAUACCAUUAACAUCACACUUUACUACAUCCUCUCUUGCUCCCUGGCUCCCCUGGUCGAUCCUCUCAUCAGCAACGAGGAACGAGAGAAAAUGGAGCUGUCUCUGAAUUACGCCGACCAUUGCGUCAGCGGUCACGCUACCAUGCACGCGGAAAAUCUGUGGCCCAGCAAGCUGAGCGGGAUCACACAGCUCCUACAACUCUGGGAGCUGUGGAAAUUGACCUUACAGAAGAGGGGCUGCAAAAGCCUGGUCUUAGCCGGUGCCCAUGGACUCAUGCAGGGAAUGAUGCUGAGCUUCGGCGGCCUGCAGUUCACGGAAAACCACCUGCAGUUCCAGUCCGACCCGCACGUCCUUCACAACAGCUAUUCCCUACGAGGGAUUCAUUAUAACAAGGACCUUAUCAACCUGGCCGUCCUGCUGGACCAAGAGGAGAAGCCUUUUCUGCACGUCUCCGUCAAGUUCCAGGACAAACUGGUGAAACUUUACGCCUGCGAAGCCGGGUGUCUGAAGGAACCGGUAGAGCUGACCUCCGAAAUCCGAGGACACAUGUUCCCUGUGCUGGUCACCCAACCCUUAACCCCAUUACUUUACAUAUCCACGGAACUGACCCACCUACAGGACUUGAGGCACACCCUUCACCUGAAGGAGAUCCUGGCCCACGAAGAGCACAUGGCCAAACAGUACCCAGGCCUGCCAUUCCUAUUCUGGUUCAGUGUGGCCUCUCUGAUCACCCUCUUCCACCUCUUCCUGUUUAAGCUGAUUUACAAUGAGUACUGCGGACCCGGCGCCAAGCCGCUCUUCAGGAGUAAGAUUUGCGGUGAGGAACAGCAGAUCCCUGCAGACUACUCUGAAGAUGAAAGUGUCUGACUGACAACACAAAAUGAUGCAAAAAUCUCCGGCUCAGCCAGAAGAGGCCCAUCCACCGUAGGACCCGAACUGACCCAACGUACAAUGUAACCAAAUGGUUGUGUGACCUUUUAUACUACUGUGUAGCAGCUGUAGAUAGAUGGCAAAGCAUUGGUAACUUUCUACCUAUUAUAUACACCAGUGUUUCCCAACCAGGAGGCCUCCAGCUGUUGCAAAACUACAAUUCCCAGCAUGCCCGGACAGCCAACGGCUGUCCGGGCAUGCUGGGAGUUGUAGUUUUGCAACAGCUGGAGGCACCCUGGUUGGAAAACGCUGAUAUACACAAUGUUAAAAGGAACUGUGGUACACAAGAUAAGGGAUAAGUGUCAGAUCAUGGGGGUCCGAUGCUUGCACUCCUUACGAUCUCCUGCUGGAUCGUUAGCGCUCUCAUGUGUUGACCACCACUUCGUGCGGUGGUCUACAGUAAUCUGUGCAUAGGGCAAAGGUUGUCCCGUGCAUUAGGGGAGCCAGGAUGCUGGGCAGGGGAUUGCGAGGGGUCUCAGCAAUCGGACCCCCAUAAUCUGACACUUAUGCCCUAUCCUGUGGAUAGGAGAUAAGAACUUAUGUACCGCAGUUCCUCUUUAAGGCCUAAUAGGAACGUCUGGGAAUGGGGGAUCGCAAUGAGGCCAAGGCAGGAAAUACCUCAUCCUGGUCCCCCAAUACCCGUAAAGCAAUAGACCUAAUUAUUAAGUAAGUUCCUAAAAUGUUUGUUUGUUUUUGUUUAAAAAAAAAAUGCAGUGGAAUUUAUUUUAUUUUGUGAAUAGUGUGAAUAUAGCGAUCACAAUAAUAGUAUCACCCGGGAUAUAGAGAUCUCAGAGAAGCCAAGGACUACGAGAUGUAGCCAAAUCCCUGAUAAUCAAUCAGUCGUAUUGUUUGGAUUGAGGUGUUUUUGUUUUUUUUUGUUGUAAAUUUUGUAUUUAAUUAAAUCCAUCAUUUUAAAACCUCC